AUGGUUAGCGUCAUCUCACAACAGCGGAUGGUUCCUGUUGUUCCGCCAUUCAAGCAGGUGCUUUGUUCUUCGCCCACGAAAAAAAACACCAAGGAAUAUUGGGCCAAAAUCGCAUGUAUAGAAACCACUCUUGACGCAGACUCAUCCGUUCAAACCGAAAUAGAACUAAUGCUCCACGAGGGAAUCCCCUUUUUAGUUGGAAGGCAAUCUCCAGAAUGCCCUUUUAACAGCGCACUUUUGAGCCGAAGACAUGCAGAGCUUUUGAUCCUAGAUGAUACAGUAGUUUUAGCAUCCAAUAGUGUGUAG